AAAACAGUAACAACAGAGAUUAUUUUGUCUGUUUUACAAAUAAAUAUAAAUCACAAGAGUAAUAACUCGUCUCAUCGGACAUUGAUUUGUCAAUAUUGCUUGUGCAAUUGGUAAAACGUACAAUGCGUCAUGUAUGUUUGGCCAAUGGAUGCAAAUCGGCACGCUACAAUGUGAAAAAAGAAAAUAGACCAGAGGAGCGACAUUUGUUCGCGGCUAGAACAGUGGAAGUGAUGCAGUCAUGGAGGAACGCUAUGCCUGCGGGAAGUGUUCUCGAAAAAGAUUACGUAAUCUGUGAUCUGCACUUUGAAGAAGAAAAUGUAUUGAGAGAUUUUGUAACUAAAAUGCCGGAUGGAACAGAAUGUCGUUUCAAAAGAGAUCGAGUUCAAUUGAGAAAAGGAGCUGUUCCAAAAUUUGUUUACCCACCAAUCUUCCAAGAGGAUACAAAAUUUGUUCCACCAGGCAUUCAACCAUUCCACCCUCGUUUAGAUGAAAAUAUCUUAAAGGAAAGUGAUUUCAGAAUUCUGCUGAGCCCAGACAUUCAGUUUAAAUUUACAUGAGAGAAAAGGAAGUAAACUUAUCAGACUUUCAAAGGGUGGAAAACGCCAAUGACAUUCUUCAAUUAUUAGAAAAAGUGGAAAAACUUGAUCCUUGUAUGA